AUUUUCCAUUAACAUAAAUAAACUGAAGAGAAUACCUGGGAAGUUCUGUAUUUGAGUAAGAGAGAGAGAGAGAGAAUCUAGAGAGAGAUAGACUGAGAGAGGGUUAUUUUUAACAGGGUUGUGUUGUGUUGGUUUUUCAUUUGUUUGUUGGUUUGGUGCUGGGAAGUGGGGUGUGGGGGAAAGAAAGUUGGGGUUCUCUUUCUUCUAACUUGAAAAAGUUUUGAUUUUUUCUUGUGGGGUUUGAGGGAUUUAGGGUUUGGAUUGGUGGGUUGUGAGUGGAGUCAGCAACCAUGAAUAUGAUGCGAAGGUUGAAGAGCAUUGCUUCUGGGAGGACUUCCAUUUCUUCAGAUCCUGGAGGGGAUUCUAACUCGAAAAGAGCCAAGUUUGAACAAGAAACUGAAGUGAAGCCUGUUGAGAAAUCAAAUAUUGUUGAGACAAUCAUCACAGAUCAGGAUCAGCCUGUUGAUGCACCAAAAGAAACUACAGUUGGCUUAUCCGAUGUAUCUACAGUAGCUAGAACUGAGAAGUCAGGCUAUGAUGAACUUCCCAAAGAAUUAAAUGAAAUGAAAAUUAGAGAUGAGAAAAGCAAGAACAACAAUGACAAGGAUAUAGAAGCAACUGUUGUGAGUGGUAAUGGAACAGAAACAGGUCAAAUAAUAACAACUGCCAUUGGUGGUCGGGAUGGACAACCAAAGCAGACAAUCUCAUACAUGGCUGAACGUGUUGUUGGCACUGGUUCUUUUGGUGUCGUUUUUCAGGCUAAAUGCCUUGAGACUGGUGAAGCAGUUGCCAUAAAGAAAGUGCUGCAAGACAAGAGAUAUAAGAAUAGGGAACUCCAGGUUAUGCGCACAGUUGACCAUCCAAACGUUGUUAAACUAAAGCACUGCUUCUUUUCAACCACCGAGAAAGAUGAAUUAUACCUUAACUUAGUUCAGGAGUAUGUACCUGAAACUGUCUACAAAGUUUCAAAACACUAUGUUAGGAUGCACCAACAUAUGCCCAUGAUUUAUGUGCAACUGUAUACAUACCAGAUAUGCCGUGCAUUGAAUUAUUUACAUCAAGUUAUCGGUGUCUGUCACCGUGACAUCAAACCCCAGAAUCUAUUGGUAAAUCCGCAGACACAUCAGUUAAAGAUAUGUGAUUUUGGGAGUGCAAAGAUGUUGGUGCCUGGUGAACCCAACAUAUCAUACAUUUGCUCUCGAUAUUAUAGAGCUCCAGAACUUAUAUUUGGGGCAACUGAAUACACUACCGCCAUUGAUAUGUGGUCUGUUGGUUGUGUUUUAGCCGAGCUACUUCUAGGACAGCCAUUGUUUCCUGGUGAAAGUGGGGUUGAUCAGUUAGUAGAGAUAAUCAAGAUCUUGGGAACUCCAACCAGAGAAGAAAUAAGGUGCAUGAAUCCCAACUACAAUGAAUUUAAGUUUCCUCAGAUUAAAGCUCAUCCAUGGCACAAGGUUUUUCACAAGAGAAUGCCACCUGAAGCUGUGGAUCUGGUGUCAAGGCUGCUUCAGUAUUCUCCAAAUCUACGUUGCACUGCUUUGGCUGCUUGUGCACAUCCAUUUUUUGAUGACCUGCGGGAUCCAAAUGCAUGCUUGCCAAAUGGGCGACCCCUACCUCCUUUGUUCAACUUCACAUCUCAUGGUAAUAUAGUUGUGAACUCUUUAACUUACGUGGUACUUUUAAUGUGUAUGGCUGCUAAUGUAAGGAAAAAAAUGCAGAACUGGCAAAUGCACCUGAAGAGUUGCGGCGCCGCCUCAUUCCUGAACAUGCAAGGAGCUGAAUCAACCUGGAAGAUUAAACAUAUCCAGGGCAUUGUAAAUGUGUUUUGAAUGAAUAGAGAUACCCUCACCGGCAUCACAACCAGGUCUGUUCUUCAGCCUCUUCUGCACAAGUCACAACUGUGACUACACAAGUGAGAAACCUGAACAAACCCUUGAAAGUUUUAUCAAGGAACAUGUAUAAAAGACCUGCAGGUGACUCAAAAUGGAUAAAAUGUCACUGCCUGGUUUACAGGGUAGCAACCCUUUUAAGUAGUUUAUAAUUUGGUGCCUCUGUUGUGAAAGAUAAUGAUUUCUAACUGUUCUGUAAUCAUAUUUCCAUAUAGUUCAAGUUCGUUUAUUACUUUA